AGAGAGAGAGAGGUAGUCGUGGAACAGAGUGCGGAGGGACGGUCGGUCGUGGAAUCCAGCCUUGCAGCUGGAGGAAGGAAGGAGAGGAAAAUGGAGAAUGACGGAAAACACUGAAUGAUGAGGCUGUGAAAGGGCUAUAGCUGAUAGAUAGAUAACUACGCACAGGUAAUGAAUACACCAGCGUGGUAAGAUAUACAUAGGAUUUAUCAGACUUGAAUUUGCACCGCGUCGGCUUAACCCGUUGUAGCCAGGUGAGAAUUAACAGCUAGGCUACCUCCUCUCUUUAGCAAUAACGGAUCAAACGGAGACAGAAGAUGGGCUGCGUCUGUGACGCCACCGAUGCCGCCCGGACGCAAUCCGGGGACCGACCGGGAGACGUCGUCGCACUGGCGCCCCACUUUUAGAUGGCGCCGACAUUUGGGGUGCACUCGGAAAACAGGUGUCAGGGAAGUGUCGUCACGAACCCCGGAAGCCGGAGGUGUGAGCCUCUUCAUCAGAGAGCAAGAUGGCAGCGAAAUCCGAUGGUCGGGGGGUCGUCCGGGGAUUCGCCCAGCUGCACAACCUGGACGAGGUGGUGGGGACCGGCGAGGGCGACCCGAGGGAAGGCAGCUCCUUCCACAUCUGCCACUGCUGCAACACCUCGUCCUGUUACUGGGGCUGCCGGAGCGCCUGUCUGCAUUACCUCCGCGGCAAGGGGAAGGGGAAAGGCGGGGGAGGAGAAGGGGACGCAGGGCCGGGGCGGCCGUCGCAGGAGGAGCGCCUCUGGCUGGACUGUCUGUGGAUCAUCCUGGCCCUGUUCGUGUUCUUCUGGGACGUGGGGACAGACCUGGCGCUGGCCAUCGACUACUACCACAAGCAUGACUACCUCUGGUCCGGACUCACCCUCUUCUUGGUUCUGGUGCCCUCAGUGCUGGUCCAGAUCCUGAGCUUCAGGUGGUUCGUGCAGGAUUACACCGGGGGCGGUCUGGGCUCUGUGGAAGGGCUGAGCAACCGGAGAGCUACGGCAGGGCUGAGAGCACAGGGAAGGGACAGGUGCUGCCUACUCUCUGUGUGGCUGUGGCAGAUCCUCAUACACAUCUUCCAGAUGGGACAAGUAUGGAGGUAAGAUGAACUGAAGGGUGAUGUCUGUCUGUCUGUCUGUCUGUCUGGGUGCCUACUGACACCACCACAUGAGACCAAAACGCAGUGUGUUACACCCACCACCCUGUGAAACCUAUCCACUACCCUCCCCCCCCCUCCUCCUCUCUUCCUACUCUCCACUGAUUGCGUGUUUCUCUGUGUCACCUGGGAUAACCUCUGGUACAUGAUGAACACACAAGCAGCAGUGAAUGUGUCUGUCGGGUCUGAUGUGAGUGUCUGAAAAUGGCCACUGCUUUCAACAAUAGCCUGUAUCUGGGGUUUUUUUUUCUGUCAGCUUUUCACAUGAGGGAUUCUUGUUUUUUGGGGUUUUGCUUGCACCUUCCCCCAUCACACCCCCCCCACC